AUGGGCUCGAAAAUCUCACUGGCGCCUCUUUCAUCCCUCAGCGUGUCAAAACACCUGAUUCCCGCACAUGGCUUGUUGCCAAAUACAAGCAUCCAGAACAAGCCGCUGAUGAUAUACCACUCGGCCUUUCGAUCCCCAAGCGCAUCAAGCAUCGAGUCACACCUAUCUUACAUUGAUGUCGUCGAACCACAAUGGAGGUAUACCAUGUAUAGUACUUCUCAUUUCCACAGCACGUCGCAUGAAGUGCUUUGCAUCAGCAACGGCCGCGCGAAGCUCUGUUUUGGAGGCGAAGACAACGAGGGACGCGUCGAGCCCCUCGUUGAAAAGGGGGACGUUGUUGUAGUUCCCGCGGGGGUCGCCCAUCGUUUACUGGAGGACAUUGAAGGGAACUUCGAGAUGGUGGGAAGUUACCCAAAGGGAUGUCAUUGGGAUAUGUGCUAUGGCAAGAAAGGGGAAGAGAGCAAGGUGGAGAGUAUUAGCAAGCUGGGUUGGUUCACAAAGGAUCCUGUGUACGGAGAGAAUGGGCCAGCUGUGAAUGUUUAG